AUGGAAGCGUCUCACCUACCGCCAGAGGGAAUUAUGCUUCCCCCUAGCCCCAUGGAUUCGGUCGAUUCGAUCGAUUCGAUCGACUCGACGACGUCUACACCCGCCCACGACUCGACGCCGGAACCCGAGGAGAACGUCAUGAUAACCUUAUCGCUCAAUCACCAUCCCCCUACCUCUUCUCCGAGCCGAUUACCUUUCAACCGUUCCCAUUUCCGGUCGCGAUCUCUAGCAGAGGUUUCGGGGGUCCCUCCAAUGACGCGCGCUCACUCCUCUCCCGGGUUGGACUCUCGAGGAAGAUAUAUUUUCGUCAACGGCCGAGGCGCACCGACGAACUUCGCGGAUCACAUUCCCAAGCGCUACUCGCCUCUACAGGCUACAGCUGGAGAGAAUCUCGAGGCCAGAAUGAUCCCCCUGAAUAUUUCCGAAACCAUUUCUGAACACGCCGAACUCGACACCGCGAUGGCCUCCUCACCGCACGGAGAACCACCCUCUGCCUCACCGAUGUUCUCUCACACCUUCCCGCGCAUUGGUCGCCGGCGACCAUCGUCCCCUCUCCAUUUCCAUGCCGGAACCCCCACCAGCAACUUGACCAGCAGCCCUUCUUCCGCGCAUGCCUCCCCGUUGUUUCUGAACUCGAAGUUCAACGAGUCCUAUCCGGGAUACUCGGCGUCCUCCGCUUCCUCCGUGCCGUCCACGCCUACCAGCAUCCGGUCUCGCAGCCCCAGUAUCUCGUCUUUGGAAACUAUUCCCGACAUUCCCGAUGCUGAAGCGGAGGCCACCGAAGCCGAUCAGAUCGCGAUGUUGAAAGCUGCGGCCGACAAGGCAGACGAAGCCGAGGCGGCGGCUAAUGGGAGUCGGCGACGCGGUACGUCCGAUGCUUCCGGCCCUUCGAGCACGUUCAUGAAUGCGAGAGGUGGAUCGGGAGGCUACGGAGUCCGAGCGGACAAGAGAAAGCGCUGGAGUGUUUGUGGAGCAGAGCGUCGCCAAGACCUGGACCUAGAGACUAUUUGGGAAGAUUGA